AAGAAAUCAUUGAAAAAACAAAAGUAUAUUAAAAUUUGAAUUAUGCAUGGUCGGUUGCAUGAUAAUAGUUAGAAAUUAGUCCACUGGUGUUGUAUAAAUACUCUUUCCCUUCUUCAGUCUUGACACACAUCAAGUUCAAUAAUAUUUUCUCUUCUGCAAAUCUUUUCGCAAUUACUGAUCUAUUAAUCUGAUAGUCUUUCAAUUUACCGAAGUAGUGCGUAGAGAAAGAUAAGUGAGCAAAUGGAACACAAAGAAGAAGAUGUAAGAUUGGGAGCCAACAAAUUCUCAGAGAGGCAACCAAUUGGCACUGCCGCACAGUCACAGGACAAAGAUUACCAAGAGCCACCACCGGCGGCACUAAUUGACCCGGAAGAGCUCGGGUCAUGGUCAUUCUACCGUGCCGGAAUAGCCGAGUUCAUGGCCACUUUCCUCUUCCUGUACAUCACCAUUUUGACCGUCAUGGGCGUUGUCAAGUCCGACACCAAGUGCUCCACUGUUGGCAUUCAAGGCAUUGCCUGGGCAUUCGGUGGCAUGAUCUUUGCCCUUGUUUACUGCACUGCCGGCAUUUCAGGUGGACAUAUUAACCCGGCGGUGACUUUUGGGCUGUUCCUGGCGAGGAAAUUAUCGUUGACCAGGGCGUUGUUCUACAUGGUGAUGCAGUGCCUCGGGGCCAUAUGCGGUGCCGGAGUGGUCAAAGCCUUCGGAAAACAUCUGUACCAAAGCAAAGGAGGCGGUGCAAACGUUGUGGCUCCGGGAUAUACCAAAGGGAGCGGCCUUGGUGCUGAAAUCGUGGGCACAUUUGUGCUUGUUUACACCGUCUUUUCUGCUACUGAUGCCAAGCGUAGCGCCAGAGACUCCCACGUCCCUAUUUUGGCACCGUUGCCAAUCGGGUUCGCGGUGUUUUUGGUGCAUUUAGCAACUAUUCCAGUCACCGGUACCGGCAUUAACCCGGCUAGGAGUCUCGGUGCUGCCAUCAUCUACAACGACAAGGCUGCAUGGAACGACCAUUGGAUAUUCUGGGUCGGACCAUUCGUUGGAGCCGCACUUGCUGCUCUGUACCACCAGGUUGUGAUCAGGGCAAUCCCAUUCAAAUCUAAGUAAAGCACUUUUUAGGUGGUUUGCAUGUUUGUACAAUCGCAAUUUAUUAUAAGUGGAUGUCGUUUUCCUUUGAAGUGUGAUGUCGUUUUCAGUUUUAUUUGAAGAAUGUAUAGUCGGAAGCAGAAGUCUUUGUCAAGUGGGGAAAAACGGUUGUUUUAAGUAGUCACGGUUAUAAGCAUGUUCUGGAGGACUGUGUCUUUUAUUCAAAUCCAGACAAAGCCUUGCUAAUAUGCUAGUGGUGCCCAACCCAAUGUCUUUUAUUCAAAUCCAGACCUUGCUAAUAUGCUAGUGGUGCCCAACCCAAAGUCGGUUAAGGCGUUUGUAUUUGUAUGUAUUCUUGCGAUUUGAGAAUAAUAGUUUUUGUUUUCCUCCAAAAAAGAAAAUAAAAGAUCCAAUGUUAAUGCUCUCUUCUUAUUCAACUUCUUCUCUCUGUUUUUUUUUUUCAAGUUAGGUAACGUUGUCACUUAACGGGGGAAUUUCAGUUAUUAGACCAUACAAAUGUGUCUGCUGCAAUAGAUAAACUAAAUUUCAACUUCCUUCAUAAACCUGCAUUUGUAUCCCUGAAGUCAAACACGGAUGUAGACGAACCUCCAUUUGUGAAUUCUCUCUCUCUCUCUCCCAAAUGUCUCCAUGAUAUAAGAAAAAUUUAGACCCUCCAAUUGUAUUGUCUCUUUCUAUGGUCUUUUUUAUGAGAUGGGAAAUGCAUAACCCCCUUUGGACUUUGUUCGACAAAUUAGAACGAAAGAAUAAGACUUUAGGCUUUUGAUCCAAUUGUAGCCAUUGAAAAGUCAUCUGGCCGAAGGUAUAUUACGUGGUGUUUGAUAAACUAAUUAAGCACUUAAACUUUUUAAUUAAGUAUUGUUUGAUAACACAAUAUCAUAACAACUUAAUUGAUUAAGAACUUAAUUUAUUAAGAAUUUAAAUUUUAAGUGCGUUUGAUAACUCAAAGUAAGAUGUUUUAAUAAAUUAAGUGGGUCUGAAAUGUUAGUACAAAUGUUAAUAGGGCAUUGAUUGUUGGUCGUAGUAUGUCAUUAUAUCAUUCCCAUUUCUGAAUUUUUGUACAGUUGUAUUUGCUCCAUUACUGGUCAAAAUUUCACCACAUAACCUGCCAUGGUACUUCUACAAUUCUGACACAACCACGAUGAGGUUAUUCUUCAAAUCCUUUGUGUGUAGAAUGUUUGUUUUUGUCAGAGUAAUUGCCGACUCAUUUUGAUUCACAAUCCUGUGUGGAAACACAGGAAUACACGUACAGGAUCGAUGCAAUAACCCUAUCUGGAAACAUUGUUGAUUAAUUUCAUAAACCUAUGCUACAGAAGCCAGCAUCAUAUAUACAUCUUGACCCGCCAACAUCUCAACUUCCGGCAAACCGUUUCCUCAGGGCAACGACUUCGUGAUCUUCAAGUCGUUUAAAAAGUGGUACAGGGGUGCCAAUUCUGUGACCUGCAGGCAAAAUCUCCCAUGGUCUUGCGGCCCUUUUAAUAUCACCGUCAGAAAGUGAAAACGAUUUCUCAGGGGGCAGAUUGAGCUGCUUUCGUAUCUCCGCAGAGACAGAUGGCAUGAAAGGCUCUAGAAGAGAGGCCAAGAGAUAUACCAGUCCAGCAGAAGUUUUCAUAACUGUAGAGCAUGCAGCUCGAUCCUCCUUAUAAAAUUUCCAAAACUUGGUAUCCUGAAGAUAUCCAUUGCCCAAGGUUGAAAUGGACAUGGCUAUCUUCAAACCUUGUUUAAGCUUAACCUUUUCCAUGACAUCUUUAUAUUCAACCACCGAUUUACCAACUUUUCCCGCCAAAGCCCGAGUCAGAGGAUGUAAUUCAGCAUUCUCGGCAUCAGGGAUCACGGAACCAUACCCUGGAUCUUUCACGAUGUAGCUCAAGACACGAUUAACAAAAUUUUCCCAGUUUUUCAGUAGCUCGUUGUUUAAUUUGGCUUGCAGAUCCUCCCAGUUAAACACCGUGUCUGAUACCUCUGGCCUAUUUAUGAGCAAGUAAUAGCGCCAGACUUCAACCGGAAUGUUUGUGUCCUUCGCAUCGGUUCCGAAAACGCCUACCCCUUGGCUUUUUGACACGGAUCGCAUUGAUCUCCUCGGGCAGAACCAUAAUUACAUUCCGGCGCCGGACAGAUUCCUUCCACAUAACGGUCGGCUAAGAACCUUUGGCAUUCUUGACAAUAAGGCUGCUGCACCACAUCCUCUGAAAGCCAAUUGUUCUCCCACAGCUUCUUGAAAACUGAUUGGCACCCCUGUGUAUGUGUCGGCGUCGAGGUGCGCCCAAACUUGUCAAAACUUAUAUCAAACCAUUCAUAAAUCUCUUUGUGAAGGGCAUAGUAUUUGUUGCAUAUUUGCUCCGGAGUAAGCUUCUCCUGCACAGCCUUAACCUCUGUGGCGGUGCCGUACUCAUCGGUACCACCUAUGUAGAGAGUGUUAUACCCCCUCUCAGCCUACAGAACCGUGCAAAUACGUCUGCACUCAGCACACAACCAAUCAGGUUUCCCGGGUGAGGCACGUUGUUCACAUACGGCAGCGCACCGGUCAUCAAAACAUUCCUCUCCCGGGGGAUGGGUAGCUUGGGGGUUGAAUUAUUUGGUUCCUCCAUUGAUUAAUAAUAUUUCUGCAAUAACAAACAGAAUCCCUAGAUAUUAUUAUUAUGGAGCCCUACGAUCGAGAAAACUUAAUAAGAGCUAGAGAAAGUGUGGCUAGUGAUGAACGAUGUGUGAAAACAGAGAUCCCUCCUCUUCUGCAUUUAUAGGAGUAGUAAUAAUAAUAUGAUCGAUUUUCCGGCUCCCAAUAGGAUUGAUAGGAACCGACUAGAGACGAAGAAACUAAACUAAUUUAUUAAUCUCUUUCCCACUUGGAACCGGCUUUGAUUAUUUUCUGACUUCAAGAGGUGAAAAAGAUCGACCACAAUUGGAACAAAGAUCGGCCGAGGGUCCAAAUCUCACGCUUACUGCCCCCAUUGGUGGUGGAAUAUUGAUGUGGAUAUGAAUCAAACUAGUAUGAAUGCCUCAUAUGUCAUGAACGGAGAUUAUUCGGACCUGAUCGGAGGAAUAAUCGGAGAUUAAAGGACUGAAAGUUAGGGUUUAAAAGGGGAGGGAAUUGGGAACGUCGGAUGGACGAGAGGGAGACAGAUUUCUGAAAAUAUUAUUUCAC